CCACAAAUAAUAACGUGCGCCGGACGACCUUCGUCCUGAACGGUUGGACAUAUAUCGUCUCACUCACAUUCCAUCUUCUCUCUCUGUCUCAUCUUCCCUGCUAAGAAGCAGUCGCUGGUCAUCAAUCUUCACGCUCCAAACCAACCCACCUUAAAACCCUAAAACCAUCUCCAUUCAAGAACACAAUAAACUUAUAUACCAAAAACCUAACUCACUGAUCGCCACAUCAAACUCACUGGGUUCUCACAAUGUCACUCACACCCCAAACCCUCCUAGGAAUUUCCAACUCUCGCAUUUCUUUCUACUUCACAAACACCACUAUCACUUCUCUCCAAACCCCCAAUUUUUCUCUCUCGUUUUCCUCCAAACACUUCUCAAAUCUUCCACGUUUUCGGAUUCUAACUACCAAACCACCAAACCCCAGCAAUUUUAAAUCUUUCAAUACCCAUCAUUGGCCUCUCAGAGCUUUCGAAUUGAACGGAACUGUACAGAAAUCAGACAGUGCUGAUAGUGUCAAUUUCGAUGCUUUUCUUUCAGUUGUUGAAUUUCUGUGUCUUGCUUCUUCUGUUGUGAUUUCGAUUGGGUUUGCUUUAAAUUCUGCAAUUUCGAGCUCGCAGAAGCCAAUUAUUGCGUGGUUGGGGAAUAGGGUUUUUGUGUGGCAGUCUGUUCUGUUGGUGGCUGCACUGGUCAUUGGUUCUUUAAUUCGGAGACGGCAGUGGAGGAGAUUAUGUGCGGAUGUUUCGAGGUCCGGGGUUCCGGGCAUUAAUUUGAUCGAGAGGAUUGAGAAAUUGGAGGAGGAUCUUCGGAGCUCGACGACUAUUAUUAGGGUUUUGUCCAGGCAGCUUGAGAAAUUAGGGAUUCGUUUUAGGGUUACAAGGAAGAAUUUGAAAGAGCCCCUUGCUGAGGCUGCAGCUUUGGCUCAAAAGAACUCUGAAGCCACUCGAGCAUUAGCAGUGCAAGAAGACAAUCUGGAGAAGGAGCUUUCUGAAAUUCAGAAGGUGCUGCUUGCAAUGCAGGAACAGCAGCAAAAACAACUUGAACUCAUUCUGGCAAUUGGAAAGACUGGAAAGGUGUGGGACACCAAGCGGCGACCCAGUCAAGAUCAGGAAGCAAUUGAGAAAUCCAAGGGAACAAAACAGAUGGCAACCCCCAAAAUCCAAGCUCUGACUGUAAAGAAGGAAUCUGAGAACGACAGAGCCUAGGGUUUUGAAGUAGCAAAUGCAGAUGGAUUUGCUGAAUCCUGUUUUUGGUGCUGAAAGCUGAAUAAUUUGAUCCUGUUUUAUUCAAGGCGAGGCGGUUGGGCUCUGCUGAUUGGCUUUUUGGCCCAUAUUGUGGGAACCGGAGGGUUGGAAUGGAAGAACAGGGAGGAUUGCAAUAGAUGGCGACCUUUUUCCCCUUUUAAAUUUGUUUUUGGCUGGUUGUGUAAGGUCGCCAAAAUCAAAAGGGACCUUUGUUAAUUAGAGCCCCGUUUGGUAAAAAAAAUUAUUUUCAGCCUUCUCAGCUUAAGCUUCAGCUUUGAUUGUUGUACUUUGGCGAAGUCUUCUGUUUGGUAAAACAAUCUCAGAUUUUUCAGCUUAAACUCAAAAGCAGUUGUUUUAUUUA